AUGGCCGCUCUGGCACGAAGAGAACCUCCACAUUACACGUACAAGAGGAAAGUUUACGUCGGAAAAACGAAAAAUCCGAACGCGGGCAUCGUAGGACAGAUGAUGUACUACUGUAAGUAUAUUCUAAUAUGUUUCCUUCGAUUACAUGGGUUUGCUGGGUUAGGCCAAAAAUUAUAAAGUGCGGGGGGGAAAAUAAAGCAAAGCGCUAGCUACAGCUAGCCGGACUACUUAAUCGAGACGAGCUGUGUUGGUUGGCGGUGUCACGGCAUAUAUAAUGAUGACAAGAUCUAACAUGCAUACUGCUGAAACUUCACCGACUCUCGGCCAACAGCUGGUCUUUGCUUAAGUUAAAGAAAACUGUCAGCCAACUAUUGGUUCAAAUUGUGCAAGUAAAUUCAAUUGUGACCAGAAAACAACUGACAAUCUAUGUUUGGGAGCAGUUCUUUACAUUAGCCUGUGUUAUCCUCUCAUGGUAUGGCCAUGAACUGGCUUAAAAAAAUUGUCAGCAAUCUUUCAGAAAAUGGCCAUUUUUGUGCUGACAGUUAACCAGCAGUUGGUAGACACAAAUGACAGAGGGAAGACAAUGUCAAGUCGCCCAAAAGUCAUGUCGCCCAAGAGUCAUUUCACCUGAAGUCAUGUCACCCAAAGAAACAAAUACUAAAAAGGUCAGAAUUUCAGACUUUAAAUAGGCAGUAACGUUGAGAAAUUUUUAUCACUAAAGCGCUCUUUGUUUCAACCAACAAUGCUUCCCUCUGUUGUUAGAAACAAACAAUACUUUUAGAGUCAUUACUCAAACAUAUUUCAAUUCUGACCAUACAAUCGAUUUCUGUGUUGUCAAAGUCUUCAUGACAUUUUGAGAAACAAGAGUUUUCCAAGCUUACGAAUUGUCCGCGAGUAAGAAACAAGUACAUACCAAACGAACAAGGCUUCAUUUUUUUUGUCAUAAAUGGAGAACACUUCCCUUUGUUGUUAGAAACGAACAACGCUUUUAGAAUCUUCAUGGUGUUGUUGGAAACAAAGAGUGCUAUAGUGAUAAAAAAUUUCUCAGUGUAAUUGCCUAUUUACAGUCUGAAAUUCUGAUCUUUUUCGUAUUUGUUUCUUCAAGUGACUUGACUUUUUUUUUUUCGGGCGACAUUACUAAAAUUUCAGGCAACAUGACUUUGGGGGAGAUGACUCUCAGGCAACUUGACCAGUUACCAAGACAACCACCCAACAAGUUGGCUGAUUGACAACUGACAGUCAGUCAGUCAGUCAGUCAGCCAGUUAGAACAGCUUUUUUUCUUUACCAUAGUCCUAGCCUAUCAUUGUACAUUAAAACAGAGAAUAUAUGAACAAUAACCACCAUUUGACAGAAAGGUUUGCACAGAUAUUUUUUGACAAUAUCUGUGUUGGGAUGUGAAUAAUUUUAUAGAAAGCAAAGCUCAGGUAAAACUGUGAGCUUCAAGGGCAAACAGUCAAAUGACAGUGACAGUUAUAGUGAGUAAAGAGUGCAAUUUGUUUGUCUUUCAUAAAUGAAUCAUGAGUUGUGACCCUUGUCACACAUUAUUACAUUAUUUUGUACCACCUGGAUCUUUCCUUCCAUCUUUUCACGGUGAUUUUAUGUUGUAUUUUAAGACGAAAUUCAGGUUGAAAUCGUUUUGACUAGUUUGCUGUGUUUUUUCCUUUGCACAAAGCAUAAGAGAAGUAUUCCAAAACAAAGAUAAACAGGAAUCAACAAACAUUGAAUUUACAACUUAAAUUCAUAAGCUGAAAAUAUCACACAUAUGCACAGGUUGACAUGAUUGGUUUUAUUUUAACUUGAGGGAAAUAUUUUUAGUUUUUGCAUUUCCUUGAAUAAGCCUCAACACUCUAAUAAGCACCCUCCCCAAAUAUGCACCCACCACCCCCAUAAUGUCAAACAAACACUCCCUCUCCUCAGUAACUUUCUUAAACAGUAGGUAUACACUUAAUUUAAAACUUUGUAUGCUUCAUCUAUGGUGGAAUUGGUACAGGAGAAUAAUAAGAACCCCCCUUGAGCACGUACCCCCUUAACCCUUCAACUCGCAGGAUCUGAUAGUUAAUUCUCCCCUCUAGCUGCUACACAUUUCUUUGUAAAUUAGUUGCAAGAAUUUGGUGUUAGAUCAAGAUAAAAACUUCUACCUGAUACACUUGAGUACUCUCAUUACCUGUUUGCUGGAUAGUGGAUGGAUAUUUUCGGAAGAAGUUACAUGUGAAUCACUUCUAGGAGUUAAAGGGUUAUUGCCAAAAUUUUAAAUAAGUGCCUUGGAGCUUAUCAGAGGAAAUACAGUAUCUUUUGUAGCUGUUAUAAUUUCCUUUGCAGUGUCAGAGGCCCGUCUGCGAGGUAAGAUUCGCAGGAUAACAGAUGCUUUAGAUUCAGACCCAGUGGAUGUGCCAUCACUGAAAGACCUGAGCAUCACAGCUGAUGGCUACAUUGCUGUAGACUUGAGGUGUAAAGUGUGGUCUAAACUACUCAAUGUCAAUACACUGGAGAUUUCAAGAAACAAAGACAAGAAGAUAGGUAAAAAUAUGCAAACCAAGUAUAUGUACAAAUUCACCAAAACAUUUUCUUGUAGCUCAGCUGAUAUUGCAUCUAACUGUGAAAUCAGAUCUGCCUGACGUGUGAAAUCUGGUAAGGGACUUAGCUUUUUAUGUGUUUUGCCACUGAGACACUUCUGGGAUUUUAUUCUUUAAGUAAGAUACAGCUACAGGAAGACAGGAGGUUCAACAAGAUUCAGUAUCUGAAAAAUUUGCCAUCUGUGUCAGGCUAAAUAACCCCCUACUUUCUCUGAAAUUGACAACAUAAGAGUGAAUAUCAAACUGCCCAAGGCUGUGAACUUGGCAGUUGUUUCCAUCUUCUUCAAAACAUAUUAAAUCCCCUGAGAAUGUGACAAAGAUUGCAUUGCAACGAUUUAUUUUUCCCAAAGACAAUUCUGAGUUGGAACAGUUUCAAGUACACAAGUAUUGGAGACAAGUAAACUUAGAUGUUGAUCGAUCACACAGGAGGUUUCCCUCUGGUAAGUUACUCGACUGCUACAUGUAGUUGUACAGUGGUAUCAGGGCUGAAGCUUAUUUUUGGGUCAUAUAUGGACACUUGCAGUGUCUGAGGGUUUAGAUUUCUUAUGGUUGUCUGUCUCAUCUCAAAUACACUAAAAUUCAGGGCAAUUAGGUCUAUUCUGGUGAUCAAAUGGAAACUGGGCAUAAGUAUACCCUCCCAAUCACUUGGGUUUCUUUGGGACAAUCUUGGUCAUGUCCUCAAUCAUGUAGCCUGUAUUCUGCUGUUUCCUCUCUUCUUCUGUCAAAUAUUUCUAAUAGGUGAAUCAAUAAUUAUGUACUCUCUUUAUACAAUGUCUCAACGUGAUUUUUUUUUUGUCAGAUUUAAUGGUUCCUUUACAGUAACUUUCAACUGAUGUUUUGAUUGAUAGCAAUGUAAGAUACCCAUAGUUUAGUUAUUACUAGUGCUCCCAUUCUCUUUGAAUCUAUUGUGAGUAGUUUUGGACUGUUUUAUAAUGUGGCUUAGAGUUUAUUAAGACUCUUUUGGUCAUUCCAUCUUCCUCAACCACCCAAUUUACAGUAAAAAAUUCAGACCUCUGGUUACAGUUUUCUUACUUUCAUUUGGAAUCAGAGAUGAGAGCAUCAAGGCGGCGUGCCCUUCAAGAGCAGCUGGUGAGGAUCAUCAUGAGAGUAUUGUGUAGAAAUCAGGAUCUGCAUUAUUAUCAGGUAUGCCAUUAUUUAUGAAUAAUAAAUAAAAUUAUUAAUUUUAUUAUUAAUAAUAAUAAAAUUGUUUGUUAUUUAUUAAGGCAAUUAUGUAUGUUAUAGUCAUAUACACGAGGAGGAACCUGAGUUCUGAGUGGCAUAGAGGACCCUUUCGUUUUUUUUUUGGGUAGAUUACAACAUUUAUAAUAAUUAAUCAAAUACUUUUGAUUAUCAUUUUGAAAGGGUUACCAUGAUGUGGCUGUUACUCUGUUGCUUGUAGCUGGAGAGGAGUUAGCUACAGCUCUUCUGGAGCAAUUGUCUCUUCAUCAACUGAGGUAAACUGACAAAACAAGGAAUUUUUUUAUCAUGGGUUGGAAUAUUUAUUGAGUGAUAAACCAGGACCUUUCCAUAAAGACUUUAGUCCAUUAACCAUUUAGCCAUUGCUUCUUUCCUUGAGAGUUCACUGAAAUGUAGCAGUCAGCUUGCCAGGUGGCUCAACAGCAAAAGCCACUGGUAUAGUUUGAAAAGUUGCAUUUUUCUUGAAGUUUAACUGUAGCUCUUUUUGCGUGUAAUACCUCUUUGACAUUUCUACUGUUCAAUAAUUUUCCUUUUACAAUCUUCUCCAAUAGUACAUGUAAUACCAAACUGUUUCAGGUGGUUAUUUCUGUUGGCAUCUGUGCUUUUUUGUUUCAGGGACUUCAUGGAAGGUUCAAUGGAGAAGACAACUAAAAUGCUGGCAUUUUUGCAUCCCAUUAUUGAAGAAGCUGAUCCAGAACUGAGGGAAUUUCUUGUCAGGUAUGUUAUUUUAGUUUAUUUCAGCAGCCAAGCCUGGAAAUCACGAACUUCACCCCAGUGAAUUAUUUGCCUUAGUUUCCACCCUUUAUUUCUAUAUUAUGCUGUCAGUUAUACAUAUGUAUGAGACCCCCCCAUGGUUUCGACUUGUGGUUACAUGUCUUUUGUAAGACAAGAUCACUUUUCUGGCUCCAAAAGGUAUACAGAGUAGGUUAAGUAUGGGGCACAAGCCAAGUGAUCCACACUUCGGGACUUUACACCAUGAAGCUGCCAAGUAGUAAUUCUCCUCCUGGAUGGGGUGGUAGCCCAUCACUGGUACCCCCAUCUCUACCCUUAGAUGAAGAGAGAUAUUGUUUGAGAAAAAUGCGUAACCCAAGGACACAACGCAAUGACCCUGGUUAGGUUAACCCUUGGGUUAGGACUGGAACCCAGUCCUUUUAAUCCAAAGUCAAUUGCUCUAACCUUAAAGCUACCAUGUCUACCACACUCCAUUGCACGACUGUGAAUAUACAGUAAAAACCUGCAUAUAAGAACCUAGAAUUUUGGAGUUCAGGCUGAACAGGUUCUUAUAUUUUGAGGUAUUUUUUCCAAUAACAGGCUGAUUAGGUUCAUAGUAGGUUCUCAGUUGCAAAAGUUAUUAUAGUGAUAGCAUUUGGGGAACUGCAAUAGUACUAAUAUGCUAUAAUCGUAAAGCAUUUACAAAAAUGUCAAGCCUUGUGGUCAAAACAAGUCCUGUACUAUGGGCCUGACCAUAUUUACAGUUGUAUGAUCACCAUGCAAAUUUCAACAGGAAAAAUAUGCCUGCCUUGUUUACCAAUCAAUUCCAUGCUGUACAGAACAAAACAUCUUUGGCUAUUUACAGUAUAUACAGUGUACUGUACAGUAUUUGUGACUGUAUUUGCAACUACAGCAAAGUUUUAUGAAAUUUUAUGCAAAAUUUCAGCCUGUAGGUUCUUAAAUCACUAGGUUCUUAUACGCGGGUUUUUACUGUAUCAGUAUCAUAAUACCCUCCAUUGCAGUACCUAGCAUAAUAUUGCGAAAAAAUGAUGAUCUCAAACUUAGUAAUAAUUCAUUCCUUACACUGACAAGGUCUGAAGUGGGACAGGUGUUUGCCCUCAGCUGGCUAAUCACGUGGUACGGCCACGUGUUGAAGGAUUUUUCCACCAUAGUGCGCCUGUAUGACUUCUUUCUGGCCACCCAUCCUCUUAUGCCUGUGUACUUCGGUGCCGCUGUGAGUUGCUGUGUCCUCCUUCUUUAUUUUACCCGUAGAUUUUAGUGAAAUUUUGUACCCAGUUUGUAUGAUUGUGUCUCUGUGAUUGGUCCAGAAAACUCGACAUCCUCUCAUUCAAUCAGCAUCAAAACUCAAAGUAAUCGUGAGUCGGCCCUUCGCAUUUUCCUACGCUUUAAACGGUUUAGUAGCUUUAAUAGGAGUAAAGAAGAUACAAUAAGGGAACGUCGGAGUAUUUGUAACAUGACCUGAUACACUCAUCACUCGACGGCCAUCUAAAAAUAUCUCGGUUUUUUUCCCUUAUUUAGGUUCUCCUAACGAGAUGGAAAAAAGCAGGUAAUUUAGUGUUAACAACUGGGUUGAAAACGUAUAUUAGCCACCGUAAAUCGCUCUGACGAAGGGCUAACGCUCGAAACGUCAGCUUUUUUACCCUUUACGGUGGCUAAUAUACGUUUUCAACCCAGUUGUUAACACUAAAUUACCUGCUAUACUCUCCCACCGACGCAGCACCACAGUUUCUUUAGAAACUUACCCCUUUAUUCAUUUGAGAUGGAAAAAAAACCGCAAAAAUUAGUUCCCACCAGUUCAGUCACCUUGAACUUCGCAAAUUUGAAGAAAUAUGUCAAUCCACAAGCUAAAACUGCCGCAGGAUUUUAGCGCGAGCGAUAACUACACGUAGGUUUUUCAGCCAAGGCAAGUGUGAAAAGAAACGAAACAUUCAUUGUAAUCUAUGUUUAAACUUUUUUGUCACAAGCUUGUGAUCCGGCGUCGUUCUGAAGUGCUGGCCGGCGAAUGUGAAAUGAGCUAUGUACACCAUCUUCUUUCUCGAAUUCCCGAUGAUCUUCCUGACUACGUUGAAGAACUUAUCACCACUGCGCAUUCGCUGUUCCGCAAAUUUCCCCCUGAAAAGCUAUCUGGAGCUGUUGACCGCUAUCUUAAAGAAAGGUAAUUGGUGUUUUUUGCUUUGCAAUGUUAAAAACGACUGCCAUGGUCAUCGACAACAGUCCUUUUCAGAACCUGUAGCUACAUUUUUAGUUGUAAAUUGAAACGUUGCGUGUUCAUAAGUCGAGAAGAAUUUACGCCUCUUCUGUGCAUCAUCUAAAUUUUUGUUGAUUCCUUUGUCAGUUUUCUUCAUCGAUUCUUCUGCUUAAUACAAGAAUCUGCAUUUUAAGGGUUGAUUUGUUAGGAAAUUUCUCCAGUAUUUCUUUGUUGUCUCUAAACGAGAGACAUGUCAAUUUUUCCAGCGAUCCUUUUUUUUAAGUAAAUAAAAUCACAAGAGACGACAAAAUCCGCAACCUCAAAUAUCCAGAGUUUUAUCUCUCUAUAUAGAUUUUCUUUUUUCCUUAGAAAUCGUGUGGUACUCACAAGUUCCUUUCGAAGAAUUCUCCAAUGUUUACCUUGCAUCAUUUUUUUUCUCUUUAAUGUACGAGUGAUUUUUUUUCAAUUUAGCAUAACCGUAGCCAAGCACAAGCAGUUUAUACGAGAGUUAGGCGAUCAAAGACCCGAUUCUGUUCUGAGACAAAGGAAAAAACAGCUUGCCCUUUACACAAACAAUGAACUCGAAGUUUCACAAAAUUUCCGAUCGGCGACACAAACAAAUCCUUACAUGAAGCUCGCUGUGUGGACAUUAACAGCUUCUGUGGGUACAAUGGCUAUUUAUGUUCUGAGUACAGCGAAACGUUGGAUAUAAAUGAAAGGGAGUGUCGCCAUUUUUCCAUGUGAAUGAGACGAGGAAGAGUUUGGUAGCAGACCUUUCGUUACUGUCGCUCUUGUGUCACGAAACCUUGACUUGUGAUCAGAAUGUGAGAGUGAUAAAAAUCAGAGGAACUGCAUUGAAUUCAAAUGGACUGGACUCCAGGUUUGAAUCAAAUGUUCGCCAUAUUUUAAAGCGGGAGUUCAAAUUUAUUCUGAUUUGUGAAGCUUACUCGUAGGAACCAAGCCAAAAUCCUUUUGGCAGUCGAAAGACUUCUUCAGAGCGAUUUCCUCUUAUGAAACACGCCUUCAUUUGUUUGAUUUGACAGUAGGAAGAUGGGACUGUCUUCGUCAUCCUCACUUCUCCUCUGCGGAUCGUUUUUUCGAACUACCCUCUAUAAAGUCAGCAUGAGAGUAGUUUACUGUAUGCAGUGCUCAAUGGACCACACUGCAAUCGUGUUCUCUAAGUAUCAGUAGAAGAAGACGAUUUUACAACGAAGAACUCAGCCUUACUAAUUCUUACAGGGGGCAUGUAGAAAAUCUGGUUUUGCGCAUUUUGAGAAGUGUGUUGGGACAACACUGUCGUCGAACAAUUUUUUUGCAGGCAGAAGAACGGCUACGGCUGGAACAUUUCUUGUUUAGAGAAAUUAUCUAUGGAAUGUAUAGAAAAAGCUGUACAAAUGCAGCAUUGAAAUAUGUAGUCUAUUAAUGAGGGCUGGUUUCUCUCUUGGUUUGGUCACCAAAAUUUACUCAUCCCAAAUGAUCUGUAUACGGAAUUGACCAUUAUCAAAUUAUUCUGAUGAUUUUGUCAGAAACUGGGAAUAUGAAAUAAAAAUGUCCUUGCUUUUCUCUGCGUAGGGAUACCCGCUGCGUACAAAUGAGAAGCUAGUUACCUCAAAUAAAAAAAAAGUAAUAAAAACAAGUCAGUGCAGUUACUUAGCAGAACUUUUUUUCCGGGGUCUGCUGGCAGCCGUUCCUUCACUUGCCAUGCAACACUCGGGCUAGUCCUAAAGUUUCCGCAUGCAGCGUGAAAAGGCGGGAAAAGUCGUUGAACUGAAGCCAAUGCACACAAUUCGAAAGAAGCAGUGAAGACCUAAAGUACAUACAAUUAUAAGGAAGCGAGCAAGUUGCGCAGGGUAAGAGUUUUGCGUCAUUCUGAAUGACUAAGAGUUGAGUGUAAUAUUUCUUAACCAACUACAGAGCGCAGUGAAAUAAACCAAUUCAGUCCGGGGUUAUCCCGUAUUACUUUUGACACGAUGUCAGGGGCGUCAAGAGUGCACACAUUUAUGUGGCUAGUUUUCCGGCUGGCCAAGUGUGGGUUUGAUA